AUGGCGCUGCGAGAUGUGGACGUAGAUUGGGCGAGCAAGCUGAUUGGUCGGCAAUUGGAGAUUAGAAAACGCAAGCAAGCACCACCAUCGGCUCGUAAGCUACUCAGAGCAAAAAAUAAUAUGUUAUCAAAAGAUCCAGUACAAGUUUAUUGUCGAUUACGACCGAUGCAAUUUGCCAAUGACAUCUCCUGUAUGAAAAUUAUUCAGGAUACAACCAUUGCGAUAACUCCCCCAGAAUCUGCAAUGAACUUUCGUAAUGGUGCUCAAAAAGAAAUUCAAACUACAUUUACACACGUAUUUGCCGAAAAUAUAUCCCAAAGAGAGAUAUUUCAAAUAGUUUCCUUACCUUUAGUUGAAAAUUUAAUUCAUGGAAGAAACGGUUUAUUAUUUACUUAUGGGGUAACAGGAAGCGGGAAAACUUAUACAAUGACAGGAGAUCCAAACGAUAGCGGAAUAAUGCCAAGGUGUUUGGAUGUAAUUUUUAAUAGUAUAUCUAAUUAUCAAGCGAAGAAGUUUGUUUUUAAGCCGGACAAACUCAAUGGAUUUGAUGUACAAAGUGAAACCGAUGCAAUGAUCGAUAGGCAAAAUGAGCUUCAUGCUGGUCUCAUGACUCCACGCAAUACAAAGACUCCUAGAUCUCGUAAAGUAGAUAGCGAUAGCGACAGCAAUCCAAUAAUUUGUAGAGAAAUAGAUGACUCUAGAACUGUUGCUGUCGAUCAUGAUUAUGUAUAUGCUGUUUUUGUUACAUAUGUGGAAAUAUACAAUAAUAUUGUUUAUGAUCUUCUUGAAGAAGAAGAAGUACGAACAAAAAUUCUGCAAAGCAAAAUUGUUCGAGAAGAUGGAAAUAAAAAUAUGUACGUUCACGCGGUUACUGAAGUAGAAGUUAAAAGCUCUAACGAAGCCUUCGAGAUAUUUCAAAAAGGACAGCGCAGAAGACGCGUAGCUCACACAGCUCUGAAUGCAGAAUCUAGUAGAUCGCAUAGCGUUUUUACAAUACGUCUUAUACAAGCCCCAUUAGAUAGCGAAGGUGAGCAAAUAAUGCAGGACAAAAGGUCUAUAAUUGUUAGUCAGUUGUCGCUAGUUGAUCUAGCGGGUAGUGAGCGAACAAAUCGCACUAAAAAUACUGGCCAGCGACUUCGAGAAGCCGGCAAUAUUAAUAAUUCGUUAAUGACGUUGAGAUCGUGCCUUGAAAUUUUACGAGAAAACCAAAUGCAAGGCACGAGCAAAAUGGUGCCUUAUCGAGAUUCCAAACUCACGCAUCUCUUUAAGAAUUACUUCGAUGGUGAGGGACAAGUUCGCAUGAUCGUAUGCGUUAAUCCUAGAACUGACGACUACGAUGAGACGAUUCAAGUAAUGAAAUUCGCCGAGAUGACACAAGAAGUUCAAAUAGCGAGAUCUACGGUAGCAAAAUUAGAUUUUGGAUUAACUCCUGGUAGACGACAAGCGAAUAAGAUAUUUAAAGAAGUACGCAGCAGAUUAGAAAAAGAAGGUCACCCAGAAGCUGCUAAUUUGGAAAUAGAUAUUGGUUUAGUAUACAGCCUUGGUGGACCAUUUCCUGAUUUGGAAAUUACGAGCCCCCAUAACGAUCAAAUUAUUAUAAAUUUAAUGAAUUUUUUGGAACAAAGAAUUAAUAAAAGAAACUUAUUGCGAGCCGAUUUAGAGCAAAAACAGAAUGACUUCAGAAAAAUGUUGCUAACAGUAGAACAAGAAAAUAUAAAUCUUAAAGUUGAAAACGCAACUCUGAAGGCUUCAAGCACACAGCAAAAGAAAAAAGUUUCUGCGUUAGAAGGUCAUUUGUGCAAAACAGAAGCUCAAAUUGACAGUUUAUUACGUAAAUUAAAUACUGCCAACGAUACAAUUAGAAGCCUUCAACAAGAGUUGAAAGAUCGAGAUAUGGCACUCAACCAAAGAAUCAUUGAUAAGCAAAGAGUUAAACAAAAGUACACGAGUAAAAUACAACACGAAACUGAUAAAAUGAAUCGAGAACUUGAAAUUAAAUUGAAAGCUCAGCGUGAACAUCUUCAGAAUCAAAUGAAAGAAAAAGAUGACAAAAUACGACUUGUAAAGCAAAUACUAGUUAACGAGAAUGGUACAAUUCCAAUAUUAAAGGACUCGACCGAUGAGGAACAUCAGCAACAAAUUUCAUCGAAAACUCCGGGUAAAACGGAAAUACGUUCACGCAUAGAUAAAUUAGGAGUAGCAAAUCCACGUUAUAGACGCUCACAAAGCGCUGACCGUUGGGUCGAUCAUAGACCCGAAGUUCUUGUUCCCGUAGGCACUAUUCUUCAACCACUUAUGAGAAGAAGAAGGAGCGUAACGAAGUUAACGAGUCCCAAAGAAAUUAUUGAUGGUGCAUCAAGGUAUUGCCUCACAGCGCAGAAUGAAGACACCGAUGGCGAACUCGAGACAAAACUAUACAAGGCUGACAUUCUUCCCACGAGAGGCGGAGGUGCCCAGGUGGUUUUUAACGAUGUCGAAUGCUUGAAGCAGCUAUCGCCAACAGGUCAGAGGAAACGCAGUUGUCCGCCUAUUGAAAAAGAUAAUCACGUCAGCGCUGAUUAUCUAAAUCAUUGCGCGAAUCAAGAGAUAGGGACAGUAAUAUCAAAAAGACCAAGAAAAUAAUGAGUGACUUUUUUAUUUGUAAUUGACGCACAUUCUUCAUAUUUAUAAAUUAGAUAUGUAC